AUGAGGUUGGAGUACGCAGCAGAGGGUUUGACCUUGGAGACCAUCAUGAACACCCUGAAAGAGAUGCGUGAAGAGCAGAAAACCAACACGGCCGAUUUCAAUAGAUCUUAUGAAAUGUUAUACAGCAAGGUGGAAGAAAAUACUGUAACGUUACGAGAUGGCAUGGGGAAAAUUGAAGACUACCUAAGAGAAAUUGAACAGCUUAAAAGUGAAAAUGUAGCUCUGAAAAAACAUGUUGUUGUGCUUGAGACAAGAAUUGAAGACUUGGAAAAUUAUUCUAGAAGGAACUGUGUGGAAAUUCAGGGAAUACCGGAAGAAAAAGAAGAACAAGUUUCAGAGCUUGUUAAGAAGGUAGGAAAAGCCCUGGACGUAAACAUCACCGACAGCAUGAUUGACGCCUGUCAUCGUAUCGGCAAGAAAACCUCGGAGAGAAACCAGGCUAGAGGGAUUGUUGUGAAAUUCGUGCGACGGACUGAUAAGGAGGAACUGAUGAAGAAGAGGCGAGAAAAGAAAAGGGACUUUUCCACGCGACACCUAGGCCUGACCAUGGACAUCCCUGUCUACCUGAAUGAAUCUCUGUCACCAGCGCGGAGGAGGUUGCUCGCCCAGGCACGGCAGCUGAGGAAGGAACGGGGAUACAAGUACAUCUGGCUGCGGAACGGCAACAUCUUGCUGAGGAAGGAAGAAAAAGCACCAGUAGUAGAGAUAAGAACCCAGGCUGACCUCAAUGGGUUGUAG